AAAAUCGUUAAAUAUUUCAUAUUUGUAAAAUCGUAAACAUCCAUCCACAGGUUUUGAUUGCUGACGCUCAACGGAGUUGAUCAUAAAUAUUAUUUGGAGUUACGACAAAAUGAAAUUACGUGCAUAAAAUCGAUAACAUUACACCAAGGUAACAGUAUGGACAAGCGCAGUAGGAUGCAGUCAAUACUGGAGCACCCAAGAUAAACAAAUUCCCUGAAACGGGAGCGACGCCGAUUUUCUGACGCAUGCGUGUUGCACUACCCCUGACAUUUAGUGCUGCGUAGAAUCUUCAGCAGUUCGUAUACAAACAAUGUGAAUUUGUGAAAAAAGCUCAAAUAACAUUGAACAGUAUGGGAAAUCAAUUCAAAAACGUGGCGGUCAUCGCCUGCCUGAAAUCGUUUCUUUUCGCCUACGCCAUGAUGUACUGGUUCAUGGGCCUGGUGCUGCUCGCCAUAGGGCUGUGGGCCGAGCUCCGCCUGCACCGCUACCUUGAACUGUCGCCAGACUUCUCUGGAACCGCAAUUUACGUCAUUCUUGGUCUUUCCUGCCUCAUCGUCAUCGUCAACGUCUUCGCCCUCAAUAGCAUCCGUAAGGGCCACAUGGUGAUGCUGUAUGUUUACGCCGCAUUCCUGGGCUGUGUCUUCAUCAUGAACAUAGGAAUAGCCGCAUCUAUCUACUGCUUCUGGGAUACUUUCCCGAAAAGUCUUCAAGAUGGAAUGACUCAGACCAUCGUAACUUACGAGCCUCCUAAGGCAAACUUUGACUUUGCGCAGGAAUACUUCCACUGCUGCGGAGUAUCUAACUACACAGACUGGAUACGUCUGUCGCCGCAGAAGGUGAUCCCUAUCUCCUGCUGCAUCGACCCCAACAACUGCGUCACGGCUAAUUACGGCGAUGUUUACCAACUCGGUUGCUACGACGUGAUUAUAGAAUACCUGCGUUCGAACAUGGAUUUGCUAUUGGGAGCUUCCUGCGGAGCCGCGUUCCUGCCAAUAUUCGGUAUAGGAAUGUCCUGCUGCCUGGCAAACCACCUGAAGAAGUCCAAGUACGACAAUGUCAACUAAAGGCUCAACGGAAUGUGAACUCGAUAUCAACUCAAAAACCGAAUCUCUCUUUAUAGAAUCUCUACACACGACUGACGCGAUCCAUAUUGGACUAAACUGAUAAAUAAAUAUAUUUAUUUAGAUAUAAUAUUUCCUUAUAUUAGAUUUUAUCUUUGUUUACAACCUAAAUUAUUAGGUACUUAUGUAAAUAAAAUACAAAAUUCUUAUUAUUUACA